AUGACUUACUGGUUCCAGAAUAACGGCAACCGUGUUGCUGGCGAACGAGCAUCUGGUUUUGGGACUCCCGCCCGCGUUCGAGUGCUCGAUCUGUCAAACAAGGAUAAGAGAAAACUCCAGCCAGGCCACGCAUGGCUCCGCCUCUUUUACGAUAAACUGGAGGUGAAGGCAUUGUAUGAUGCGGCAUGGGGGGUAGCGCAUGGGGCUGGGUGGAGCAAGAAGAAAGAGGUUUCUUUCCGUAACAUGUAUCUCGACAAUCUCCCCCAUACCCUCAAACGUGUCGCAGAAAGCCUUCACAAGCAGACGGGGUGGAACUUUAGUAUAACAUGUGGGGGUCCUUUGCCUCGGGCCCCGAAUGGAGCCGUGAAUACGCUGCACCUGUCUGUCGGGAAAUGCAAACAAGGCAUGGAGUGGUCGGACUGGAACUCGGAAUACAAGGAGGACAUACAACGGUUUCGCCAGUUCUGCGAUGCAACUUUCUCUCCAGCGGAAUGUUUGGCGUUAAGUCUCAACCGGACGCCGACUUCGACAUCCAUCGCCUCGAAUACGACGGCGUCUGCCACUGCCGAAACGCCAACGUCAACUUCUACCACAACGGCUUCGACCACGGAAAUCGCUGGCUUUGACAAUUCCAUGCUAGAUCCAACGUUGUUGGAUAUGAAGCUCGUCAGCGACGUCUCCCUCGCGUUUGUUACCGAUACGGCAACGUCUAUGGUAGAUUACUCUACCACUUAUCCGUUAGGCACGGCAGCUCCCACAAAAAAGCGUCGUAGGGCACAGAAGGUGUCUGCAAAUCACAAGAAGGCAAAAUCUCUUCGCAAUGCUGCCAUUCUUGCCCAAGCAGAGGUCCAUAGCUUCGAGUCAGGAUCCGAUACUUUCCUCGUGUCAUCCGAUUCCGCUUCAUCCUCCAUUGCCCCCGCUGUGGCGCAACAGAUGCCUUCCACUGCGGUGCCUCCAGUCUCACCCGUUGUAGCGCCUCAAGUCCCACCUGUUGCGGCGCCUCAGGUCCCGCCCAUUGCAGCGCCUCAGGUCCCGUCGAGUGUUGCACCCCAGAUAUCGCCCAGUAUUGCACCCGUUGUCCAGCCCUCUGUCCUGCCAGCCGCGGUGUCUCAGGUCCCGCCCGCUGCGACACAUCAGGCUCUGCCCCCUGCAACGCAUCAGGCCCCACCCGUUGUGGCGCCUCCGGUUCCACUUUCCAUAUCGCCUCAGGUCCCUCCCGGUGUCGCACCCGAGGUUCCCACCGGUGUCGCGCCUGAGGUCGCGCCCGGUGUCGUGCCCCAGGCCCCGUCCGAUGUCAUACCCAAGGACCAGCCCGUUGUCCAGCCCUCUGUCCCGCCGGCAGCGGCGCCUCAGGUCCCGCCCGCUUCGACUCAUCAGGUCCUGCCCGCUACGACUCAUCAGGUCCCGCCCGUUACAGCACCUCAGGUCCCGCUCUCCACAUUGCCUCAGGUCCCGUCCGGUGUCGCACCCAAGGUCCCGCCCGGUGUCGCACCUCAGGUCCUGCCCGAUGUUGCACCCAAGGUCCAGCCCGUUGUCCAGCCCUCUGUCCCGCCGCCCGUGGCACCUCAGAUCCCGCCUGCUACGACUCAUCAGGCCCUGCCCGCUGCGACUCAUCAGGACCCGCCCGUUGCGGCACCUCAGGUUCCGCUCUCCACAUCGCCUCAGGUCCUGCCCGGUGUUCAGCCCGUUGUUUCGCCCUCUGUCUUGCCGACUGUGGUGUCUCCGGUCCCGCCCGCUGCAACACUGCCCCCUGCGACGCAUCAGGUCCUGCCCGUUGCGGCGCCUCAGGUCCCGCUCGCUGCAGUGCCUGGGGCACCGCUGCCCCGGAAACGUCUCAAUUCUUCUCCGGCCCCAAGCAGCGGGUUUGUAGACCUGGAUGACGAUGACGAUGACGCUAAUGCUCCGCCGCUCGGCGUCACCAAUGGUGAUUUAGAGGAGGAGGAACGCCAAGAGCAGCAAGGCCUCAAACGCCACCAACAGGCGCUCGCUAUCCCGUCCAGGAAGUCCGGGCGGGUUCGCAAAGCUUCACAGAAGGUGGCAGGCACCGAAAGCAUCUCAUUGGAUGCAAGCCUACCAACUACCGAGCUCGUCAACAAUGUUCUACUAGAUGACAGUCUUCCGAGCUAUUUCACAUCUGCGGUUCAGUUCAUGGGGUCCCAGGUAUACGGCCCUCAUGGUGAUUUCUUAGAGAUGAUCAAAGCCUUCAUCCUGUUCGAAGCGAAGUCUCAGUUCCUCGCACAGAAUUCUCGCACCAAGGCUGUCAAUCGACCUAAAAUUAUCCAGAAAUGGAUGACGGGCGCGAGACGAGACUUCGCAAGCAUGAAGUCGGACGAUCCAGCCCGAGAUGUCUCGGGAUGGUUCUUGUGGUGGGCAACGCUGCAGCCAGCAUGGCGCGGUGCUCUCAUGCCCCAUUCUUGCGAACCCCCUCCUGGCGCUCGCUACCCUGACCUCAAAAAUGGGCAUAUGGGCGUUGUCACGGUGGUUUCGUCUCUUGUAUGCCUUUACUGGUCAACUGAGGAUCAGGAGCUCCGUCAGAAGUUGACCUUGGGUGCCCGUGAUGUAUGCUGGGCUCUGACAGCUGCAGCACAAGGCAUGACUACGAAAAACGAUGAAGCAAAUGACAAUCAGCCUCCCCGCAAUACCCGUUUCUACCCCGUGCCGUCAACUUUCAUAAGAGUACUCCGGUCUCCAUAA